UACAGAAAGUGAUGCGGGAGAUCUGCUUGUUGGAAUGGUAAACCAUAGGGGCUCGUCUCAUAAUCAUAUGAGAACAGCUUCAACAGCCAAAUUUAUCUCUAGGAAACAAUCUCCCAGGAACAUUGCUCUUUACAUAUUCCUCCUCUUUGCUUUCUCAAUCUUCAUUUUUGUCUUCAACGCUGGCAACAUUGUGGAAGACCACCCCGCCCCAGUUAUCUCCAUCCAAUCCCACCCUCAAACUAAAUUUCUACAGACAGCUGAUGAUGAACUUUGGGAUGCCCCUUCUCGCCAUGGUUUACGUCCAUGUAUCAAGCCUACGAGCAGAUAUAAAGCUGCACAUGGAUCUGACCGCUAUUUAACAGUGAAAAGCAAUGGAGGAUUGAAUCAAAUGCGCACCGGUAUAUCAGACAUGGUGGCUGUGGCAUACAUAAUGAAUGCGACCUUAGUCAUUCCCCAGCUGGAUAGACGAUCCUUCUGGCAAGACUCAAGUAUAUUUUCUGAUAUAUUUGAUGAGCUUCAUUUCAUCACAACUUUACAAGGAGAUGUGAGGAUUGUUAGGGAGCUUCCAAAGGAACUGGAACUUGUUCCUCGGGCACGAAAGCACUUUACUUCCUGGUCUAGCAUGGGAUACUACAAAGAAAUGAUGCAGCUAUGGAAUGAUCAUCAGGUGAUCCAUGUUGCUAAAUCAGAUUCUAGACUUGCGAACAAUGAUCUUCCUCUUGACAUACAGAGGUUGAGAUGUCGUGCUCUAUAUCAUGCUCUCCACUUCUCUCCCCCCAUUGAGAGCUUAGGAAAGAAGCUGGUGGAUCGUCUGAGAAUGCGGAGUGGAAAAUACAUUGCACUUCACUUAAGAUAUGAGAAAGACAUGCUUGCUUUUACUGGUUGUACUUCUGGUUUGACUGAUGCAGAAUCUGAAGAGCUGAGAAUAAUGAGGGAGAACACAAAGCACUGGAAGGUUAAAGAUAUAAACUCUACUGAACAGAGGAUAGGUGGCUUUUGUCCACUAACCCCCAAAGAAGUCGGGAUAUUUCUUCAAGCUAUUGGCUAUCCUCCAUCAACAUUAAUUUAUGUUGCAUCUGGUGAAAUUUAUGGUGGCGAUGCUCGCCUUUCAGAGCUUAUGUCUUUUUUUCCAAAUCUAGUUUUCAAGGAAAAACUGGCAACAAAGGAAGAGUUGAAUGCGUUUGCUAAGCAUGCAUCUCAAAGUGCUGCACUAGAUUACAUUGUUUCUUUGGAAAGUGAUGUGUUUGUUCCAUCAUAUUCAGGUAACAUGGCACGAGCAGUUGAGGGGCACCGCAGAUUCUUAGGCCAUCGGAAGACAAUCACCCCAGACAGGAAAGGACUAGUCAGGCUUUUUGAUGAGUUAGAAAGUGGACAGCUCAGAAAAACAUCCUCAUUCUCCGAUCUUGUGCAGCAAAUGCACAAAAACAGACAAGGAGCUCCAAGAAAACGAAAAGGUCCUUCACCUGGAAUAAAAGGCAAAGCACGUUUUAGGACCGAAGAAUCCUUCUAUGAAAAUCCAUACCCUGAGUGUAUAUGUAGUUCAAAGGCUGUAUAAAAUAGUCAUCAACUGAUUUGGCUGCAGUGAGUUGCUUGAAUGAAAAGGAUCUCCCCAUUUGAGUGGGUAUGGUAUGUUAAACCGAGAUGGAAGGUUCCCUGGAUAUGAGCUUCAAGCAAUGAGCGUGCACGGUGCAGCUGCUAUUUGACUGACCCAAAGUUCACAAUGCAGAUAAUAGUAAAUUGAAUCUCCUCUUAUACGAGUUGCAUUCCUUGGCAGGUAGUAAAAGCUUGUAGUACCACUUUUUUUAUGAACCCUGAAUUUUAUUGCUGAUAAAAUCUUUUUUUUUUCUUUUUC